AUGUCGUCCUCGCAAAACCCCUUCUCGCACGCGCGCAACACCACGGCACACGGGCCCUCGUCAGCAUCGCCCCGCGGCGGGCCCUUCCGCAGUGGCGGGCCAUGGGGCGGCUCCCCGGCCGACAUGAUGGACCAGCCCUUCACCGACGAGAUGCGCGACCUGCAGGCCCGCGGCAAGGACCCCUACGCCGGCGACGCCUCCGACGGCAGUGACCUCAGCCCGGAGCGCCUGCCCGGCGGCGGCAGGAUGGCGCCCCAUCAUCCUCACCACUCCCACCAUUCCCACCACCAUCACUCUCACCAUCACCACCACCACCGCGCAGCUUCGUCGAGGCAGCCCAAGGAGCCAUUCACCAAGACAGAGAGGCGCGACUGGGCCGAGACGGUGCUCGACAACCCUGAGCUGCUGAUGAUGUACGCGCAGAGCAGCGGCGCCACCUUACCCGCGACGCGGUUCAGGUUCAAGAAGAUCAUGUGCGGCCUCGACGAUGAAGAGGACGACGAUGAUGAUGACGACGAGCCCAUCCCGGAGAUCAGUGGGCCCAGGGCAAGCUUCCAGCAGCACAAGUACCAUGGCCAGGGCCAACAGUCCCUCCGCAUGUCGGCUGCCCAGCAGCAGCAGCAGCGUGGCCGAGGAGAUGGUGGCUCAAGGAGCGGGAGGCGGUAG